CCUGCUGUCGAGCCAGAUGACUCAGUGCCUGCUGUCGAGCUUGGUGACUCGGUGCCCGCUGUCGUGCCAGAUGGCUCGGUGCCCGCUGUCAUGCCAGAUGGCUCGGUGCCCGCUGUCGAGCCUGAUGACUCGGUGCCCGCUGUCGUGCCAGAUGACCCGGUGCCCGCUGUCGUGCCAGAUGACUCGGUGCCCGCUGUCGAGCCUGGUGACCCGGUGCCCGCUGUUCUGCCAGAUGACUCGGUGCCCGCUGUUCUGCCAGAUGACUCGGUGCCCGCUGUUCUGCCAGAUGGAUCGGUACCCGCUGUCGUGCCAG